UCAUUGUCAAAAAACCAGCGCGUAGUUGUUAGAAAGGGGACACAGUUUGACGGAAAUCAGUGGCCAAUCUCAUCCCAACAUCCCUAUUCCCAAUUCCCUGUUCAUUCAAUUCAAGUGGAUAGAUAGAUAGCUAAGACUGUACAAUCUGCAAGCCACAUACUAUAAUCUUCCCAAUUUGUCUCACUUUCUUUUUCUUUUCUUCAUCCUUCACCUUCACCUUCACCUGAACCGCAGAAUACUAAAUGCGAAACUCGAUAUGGAUUUCGAAGCUAAACGACGACGUAUAGCUGUGUUAUCCGCCCAUUUUUGUCCUUCUCCCAUCAAUUCCCACAAUACCCACAUCGUAUCUACUUCCAAUUGCUCAUCUAACACUUCUAAUUUGGAUUGCGUUUUUUGCCAGAUUAUUCAGGGGAAUUCCCCUGCUUUUAAGCUUUACGAAGAUGAUAUGUGCAUUUGCAUUUUGGAUACAAAUCCGCUCAGUCGUGGGCACUCUCUUAUCAUUCCAAAACGUCAUUGUUGUUCCUUGGAUGCAACUCCUCCAUCUGUGAUAGCGGCCAUGUGUUCGAAAGUACCCUUCAUAAGCAAUGCAAUUAUGAAAGCAACAGGCAGUGAUUCGUUCAAUCUAUUGGUCAACAACGGUGCUGCUGCUGGUCAAGUUAUAUUUCAUACACACAUCCAUAUCAUUCCCCGGAAGGAAAAUGACUGUUUAUGGGCUUCCGAGAGCUUGAAGCGACUAUCAUUGAAAUUGGAUCAAGCACUUCAUCUUGUUGAAAGCAUUCAAGAACAGAUUUUAGUUGCUAAUAGAAUGGAAGGAAGCAAGAAUGAUGGAUCAGAUUUGUCUGGGAUUUCAAGAGAUUGAUCCUUUAAAUGUAAUAUUUGUACAUUAAUGGUUGAAAUACCUUAAAAGAAUGUAGAAAAUAAAAUAUCCAAUGUUGUGUCAAAAAGGGGGAGGGGGACUUUAAGAUCAAUGAAUUUGAUGUUAAGAGGCUAUAUUUGUUCAGGACAAAACUCGAUGUGAGAGAAAUUUACUAUAUUAAGAAAGUUUUUUUGAUGUA